GAUGGAGGAUUAAUCUAAAGAAAUUAAGAUUUUUUUUCCUGAAAUUCGCUUAUGUCAUUAAUACAAAUACUCAAGAUACUAAAUAAAAUGUAAAUUAAUUUAUAUGUCGCUAUUUUCGAUGUUGUUAUGGUUUAACUGUAUGUUAUCCUAGAAUAUCGAAUGCUCCAUAUUGUUUCCGUAAUAAUUUUGCUAUUAACACUUUUAUUUAAAGACAUUGAGAAUGCAAGAGGCUUGCAUAACAUCUCAUUUCCAUUGCAAUACCUGUGCCAAAUGGUCUCCUAGUUUAGGUAAUACAUCGGACAGUGACGUGCAAGAAAAUGAAUCGAGCAAACUUAGGAAUACCUUAAAUAACUUCGGUGUCUGCCCCUAAGUAAUCGGUGAGUUUUGGCAAUUUCCAUGUGAUUAUAAUGAGAAACUAAAAAAAUAGAAUGCUAUCACUGAACCUAAAAAGUUUAAAAGGUAGCCUGAUUUAUAGGGUGGGAGGAAGACUCGUGGAAGGAAAUUUUUCAUUGGCUCAUAACAGGUUUAUCAUCGACUUAUUAAAAUGGCUGCACCAUCACCUCUUCAACCUUUAAAGGAUGUAAUGCAAGUGUUUCAUGAUGUACAUCCUCCAACGAGAAGCCUGAUUGGUCAUACUUGGAUACCUCGUUUUAUUGAAACUCCUCAUGUUGAGCUUACAAAAGCACUAUUAUGUGGUGUUGAUUGUGAUGAAGUUUAUCCUGGUAUUUUUGUUGGUGAUGAGGGGACAGCGAGAAAAAAGGAUUUUUUAGCUGCAGUUGGCAUCACUCAUGUUUUAAAUACUGCUGAAGGCAAUGGUUUUGGACAAGUGCUUACGGGUGCUGAUUUUUAUGCUGAUUGUAAAAUCAAAUAUUUGGGUUAUAAUUUAAUUGAUGCUACUAGAACAAGAAUUAUCGAUCACUUUGAAGAGGGUGUCAACUUCAUCGAAGAUGGUGUGAAAAAUGGGAAAGUUCUUGUUCAUUGUUUAAUGGGAAUGUCAAGGUCUGUAUCAUUUGUAGCUGCUUAUCUUAUUCUUAAGAAAAAUAUGACCGCAAAAGAGGCUUUGACAACUAUUCGUAAGCGAAGAGAAGUGAGGCCAAAUGAUGGAUUUUUAGUUCAGCUAUUGCAACUCGAAGCUAAAGGUUUGGAGAAGAAAUAAAAACAUGUAGUUUAUAGUGUGUAUUACCAUUUGCUUUCAAUUGUCAAAUGCAUGUAUCUUAUAUUUAAGUAUGUUUAGCAAUAUACUGAUGUUUGCAGAUGCCUUAAAGAAAAUAAUUGUAUUUUUUUACCGAAAUCAUAAUUUUCGUGCUAUGAACGUAAUUACAAGUACAAAAAUUUUACUAUAUCCCAACAUUUCAUAAUUCAGUGUAAUGUGAUGUCAUGGGAAGUUUUAUAAUAAUAAUAGCUGAGAUUUUUAUUGAUUUUAACUAUACCUUAACUGGUAUGUAAACUAUUUUAACACAUGCAAUGUACUACAAUGUAGACUUAUAUACUAUAAUUUAGAGAACUGCUUCCUCAUUUCGCUCUUGUUCCACUAAAGUUUUUAUCCAUUCUCUUAACUUUCAAAUGACUGUAACCCUAUAUAAACGUAGUUCCUAUGUAUAGUAACUUGGCUAUGCAUUAUAAGAUAAGACUGAUUAUAGAACUACCUAAUUAAAAACUGCUGCACAGUUAGUGUUUCUUUUGAAAGCUGUACUAAAUGUUAAACAAAGUUAAUUACUUAGAUUUAGAUUUUCAUGAAUUUAGUGCAAAUCGACAUCUUUGUAGAGACUGAUGCUAAAAAAGAAAUUAUUUGGUCAUGAUUUUAUUCUUUAUGCAAUGACAAAAUGAUCUGGAAAAAAGUUACCACAAUAUGCCUUUAUUUUUAAUGUGCUAACUUUAAAAAAGUUUGAACAUUGGAAAAAAAUAUUUUAUGAUAAAUAGUUCGUAUUCUCCCCCCCCCCCCAGUAAGAUCCUUUAUUCUUUACCAAAGUAUGAAAAAGCUUAUAAGUAUUCUUUUGUUAGCAUUACAUUUCCAUAAGGCUGUGAAUCAAUCUAAAUUGAUUAUGAUCUGCAACAUUGUAAUUCAUAUUUUUUGUAAUUUGCUUGUAUUAUUUUUGAGGCAAAAAUGCUAAUUCAGCAAUUUUCACCAGCUUGCUCUUGAAAGUAGUCUCCCUUUCUAGCAUAUAGUCACUUUACUAUACUUAGACAUUAUUUCUAUAACUAGCUGUUGCCAUUCAAAAGUUAAAAAAGUGGAUAUGACUUUUGGUCAUACUGUGUAUAAUAUAUUUUGUUAAUUAAAAUUUUAUUAUAUAAGUUAUAAUUAUCAAAAUUAAUUUGUGUUAAAUGCAAAUCUUAUGCGUGCAAACAUUUACCGAUUUAAAAUUUAUUGUGUAAUAAUUUAUUCAAUUGUAAAUUAUAGAUUAAAAUAUUAGCAAUAAAUUAACUUGAAUGUAAAUACAGUGAAACCUUGGUUAAGCAGACAUUCUUGGGAUCGAAAUAAUUGGGCGUUAAUGAGAGUGGUCUUUUUAUGGGAAGGUGCACCAAUAACGAAGACUAAAAUUAUAAAUGGUCUUUAGAAUAAGUCCAAUGAUAUUAAAAUAAUAAAAUAAAAUAAUUAUUUACAUUAAUAUUUAUUUAAACUUACAAAAUUAUAAUAUUUAUAGUACAAAAAUAAUAGAUGUCUUCUUCUUGUUCCUUAUCCCCAAAAUUAGCAGGGCUAAACAAUGUCCAUGAAAUUCAUGACCCGGAGAAAGUCGGUCACCAAAAGUGGGUUAUCUAGAAUGUUUAAUAGAUGUAGAAUUAUGAUGUAUAAACAUGUCUUUAUUGUAUAUUUAUCUAGUUAAAAAGAAAGACUUGCUUUGAAGCAGCUGCGACUUACUAUAUUUUCAUGGUAAAUUUUUAAACCAUUUAGCAUUUUUGCACCAAUUUCUUCACUUUUGGAUUGAUGAAAAUGUUUUAGUUCCUCAAUACAAGUCUGAACAUCAUAUAACGUUUCCACUUUUGACUCUUUUUCAAAAAGCAUCACUUGAGUAUUAUUUCUUCAUUAUCACUCUACACAUUAUUUGCAACCAUCUCAACAAUUUCAUCGGUAUUUGAAUCGUUCUUUUAACACACAAUAUUGCCAUUGUUUACAAAAUCAUCCUCUAUAACUCUUUCAAUUAAACAAAUUAAAUUUGUUAAUACAGCUUGCUAGUAAACAAGGCAAUACCUCAUUGAAGCUAAACCUGCCAUUAUGCAUAGAAAAAAAAGAAUGUGGCAAUAUCUAUUUCACUAUCAUUUGUGAAGAACCUGAAUAAAUGUUUAAUUUAUAGACUAGAUUUCUAUUCUCUCCCUUUUUUUUUUUAACCUAGUUGUGUUAAGAAAAUGGAUCAGUCUCAUCAGUAAAUUGAUGGAUGGUUGUCUAUCUCAUAAUCCGUGUCAUCCAAAUGAAAAGAUGCUGCUGUUGGAAAUAUUUCACAUGUACACUAUAAUUUUCUCUUCUUUCUUUGAAACAUUAAUGGAAAGGGACAGGAGAAUGAUUGAUUCCUUAAUUGUGAAAUAGCUUAACAAUAUUUGUAGCUAUGGAUAAGGCAAAAAAUCUACA